GUGUAAUUAUAUAAUAUUUAAUGGUUUUAAGUAAUAUUAUGAGAUAAUCUAUUGAUUGAUAAUCAUUUUUUUUAUCAAAAUUCCAUUAUAAUAAGAACAAUGCGAAAUUUUGUAAGUGAUUUUGUGAUUUGCAUAUUACUACUGCUUUCAGUAAGUCUUAUAUUUGGAGCUAGUGAAAUUAUUAAGUCUCUUGUCAAUACUGGAGACAAUUUUUUAAAAAAUACUUCCUACAGUUGGAUCAUCAGAUUAUGUUUAAAUUUAUUAAGUUAUGCUACUGUGCUAUUGCCAGGUUAUCUCAUGUACAAAUAUGUACGUCUUACCAAAUAUAUUCAGAGGGGAGGUAAAGGAUGCAUUCCAAGAUUAGUACAUUCGUGUUUUAUUGGUCAUUUUGAAACAGGACUUUUGGAUUCUUCAUCUUAUACGUCUACACCCUCUAAUCAACGUACUUUUACACAAGAUGCUCUGUUACUUUUAUAUUGCUUUUUUGGAUUACAAAUCAGUUAUUUAACAUGGGGUUAUUUACAAGAGAAGAUAAUCACACAGGAGUAUGAAAAUGUUGCUGGUAACAAAGAUCGAUUUCAAGACUCUCAAUUUUUAGUGUUUAUAAACCGGAUUCUCGCAUUUUUGAUGUCAGGAUUAUAUUUAUUAAUUCAAAGGCAACCUCAACAUAAAGCACCUCUCUAUAAAUAUGCGUUUUGCUCUUUAUCAAAUAUUAUGAGCAGUUGGUGUCAAUAUGAAGCUUUAAAAUAUGUUAGUUUCCCAACACAGGUAUUAGCAAAAGCUUCGAAAAUCAUUCCAGUAAUGAUAAUGGGAAAAAUAAUUUCUCAAACCACGUAUGAGUAUUAUGAAUAUGUUACAGCAAUACUUAUUUCUAUUGGAAUGACAUUAUUUAUGUUAGAUAGUUCUGAUCAUAAAAAUGAUGGAGCUACUACUGCCUCUGGUGUUAUUCUCUUAGGAGGCUACUUAUUGUUAGAUAGUUUUACAAGUACUUGGCAAAAUGCAUUAUUCGUGGAAUACGGUGCAACAAGCGUACAAAUGAUGUGUGCAGUUAAUAUGUUUUCCUGCUUGUUAACUGCACUAUCUUUAUUUCAGCAAUCUAGUUUUCCUCUCAUACUAUCUUUCAUGACAAAGUAUCCUAGAUUCAUCAUGGAUUGCUUACUUAUAUCGAUUUGUUCUGCAAGUGGUCAGUUAUAUAUUUUUUAUACAAUUUCUAAAUUUGGACCAGUAACGUUCGUUAUUAUGAUGACUAUACGACAGGGUUUGGCCAUAUUGUUAUCCUGCUUGAUAUAUCAUCAUCGUGUAACAGUUAUUGGCAUAAUUGGUAUAUUAUUGGUAUUUGGUUCGGUAUUUUUGCGAAUUUACUGUAACAAUCGACUACGUGCGAUUAGAAGGCGUAGAGCUGCAGCGACUAGUAUAAAAGAUUAAUUCAUAGGGUGGAACUGUAGAUACAAAUUCUAUAAAAUGUUGCGUGUUUUCCUUUUAAAUGCACACAUAUUUUAUUAAGUAUUUUCAGUCAUAAGAUCUGUAUGCGUAUGUCACAUACAUUUAAAAAGAAAAAGGUCAUUUACUUAUUAAAUAUUUAUAAUAAAUAUUCGCUACUCCAUGACGUAUUUUUAAGUGAAAAAUAGCUUUGAAAUACGUAUUAAAACUGAUUAUUUUGCAAAAAUUCGUUAUUUAUUAACGAAAUAUUUAUUUUGCUGUAAAUAUCAGAUAGAGACGAACAAAUGUAUAAUUUUUACUAAAACGUAUUAAUAAAUAAUAUCGUGAAAUUUUA